AUGAACCAACUUGCCGACACAGUUUCAUCUUCUGGCUACAACUCUGACGUCUGGAUUGGUCUGUACAGUGUAGUUGACUGGAGGUGGUCAGACGGCUACAGAGGGAGUGGAGCGGAAUAUAGGAACUGGCAAAACCGUAUUGACAAUGAACCAGACUUUUACUCAUUCUAUCAAUUCUGUGUGAACAUUGGAAGCGCCGGAGGGUGGUGGGAUGAUUCAUGCUCAAUAUCCUACCCAUUUAUCUGUUACAGAGGAACACAGCUGGAGCCUCAGUUUGUUUUAGUCCCGAAUGGAAAGAAUUGGUCCGAUGCUCAGAGGCACUGCAGGGAGAAUUUCAUAGAUCUGGCCACUGUGAGGAGCGACACUGAGAACCAGGAGAUCCACAACUUGGUGCCGAGUGAUGCCUGGGUGUGGAUUGGUUUGUCCAGAGAUCCCAACAUGUACUGGUCAGAUGGGAGUGGCUACACAUUUAGCUUCUUGUCCACAGGUUCAAUCGACAUUAGCUCGACGAGCGUCAUAUGUGGUACAGCUCAGCAGAAAUCAGGAAAGCUGAGGCACUGUGAAUCUAGAUUUCCAUUUGUCUGCUACAGCGUCCCUCCACCUCCACCAGUAAUGAGACAGGUGGUAAAGCUGAGAAUCGAGCCAGACGACCCCUCUGUGGAUCUGAAUGACCCUGCUGUGAAAGCAAACAUCCUAAAAAAGCUCCAGGACAGGCUGAAGGAGAAAGGAAUGAGUGGAGUCACCCUGAAGUGGAGAGAGCAGCCUGAUGGGAAAGUCAUCCACAAGGAGAAAAAAACUUCACAGAAGAAAACUGAGCUCUGAAACUGCUGGAGUGGUGUUCACACUUCAGAAUCAGAAUCAGAAUCAGAAAACCUUUAUUGUCCCUUGCAAGAAGCAAUUGAAAUUUGUCUUUGACGUGCUCACAAAUGUACUUAGAAUAAAAACACAAGUUAACACACAACAUCAAUGCAGAAUAAAUAUAGUGAGGACAUUAAAAGAUUUCAUUGUGAGUUGUUGAUGAUGUUGAUGGCGGAUGAAAGUUUGUUCUUGGCCAAGGGACCCUGUAUCUAUGGCCUGAAGGAAGGAGUUGAAAUGAGUUGUGGAGCGGAUGUGAAGGGUUGUGUAUG